AUGUUCUGGGGAAUGAGUCCUGCGCUAGAUUUGCAAGAGGAAUACCUUAAGGAUGGCGAUAAAAGUUCUUACGAGCUCAAUUUUUUGGUUAUCGGUGGUUGUGACGCACGGCACCUUAUCAAGACUCUGGCCCAAGCUUCCCGUCAUACGAGACGCUACAUGAAUUUAUUUGUGAUCGAUGGAUGUCCAGAACUCAUCGCCAGACAAGUACUCCUUAUGUCUUUGGCCUUGGAACGUACAACAAGAUGCGGGCUACUCGAAAAGACCAGGCGACUGCUGGAAGUGUACGGAAACCUCCUUUUAAGACCAACUACAUCCAGAUACGUCAUAGCCAAAGCGCGGCAACUAAUCGCAAUGAUUACGAACACUGAAUAUAUGAGCUGUCUUCUCCCAUGUAUAUCGGUAGACCAGAUGAAAUACCGUGAACGUGAUUACAUGGAGAAUCUCUUCAACUUCUGGACGACAGGCAACACAAAUCAGUUUAACGCUUGUGAAUUGUGGGAGCACCGUGUUAGAAACAGCCUUGGAUUAAGAUACGACACUAGAGCAGGCGUUUAUGAUUGGGACUAUCACAUGCGUCUGAAAGAAAUAGCCGGCCAGAUCUGUUACCAAGAGUAUAAGCAUUUUCGUGAGCAUGGUGUGGCGUUCACUUGGCUUGAAACUGAGGUGAGUCGUCCUAACGUGACGUUCUCAGCUGGAGUCUACAAGUGUGGGGAGAGAUAUCUGCAUCGAGGCUACCUUGGGGAUAUUAUCACGUCGCCUUAUAUAGCGUAUGGUCUAGACUGUGAGGAUAAAGACAUGCUGCAGUCAUCUCAUGGAGUAAAUUUUAAAAGAGCGACUGAUAUUUCGGAGCGAAAUGUCAUGCGUAUGCUUUACGAGCUUGAGAACCGUCAGAAGUUCGACGUUAAUAUGUUUAAUUUGGACAAUGACAAGAAUUUAGGAAUGGUAGUGAUGAGCGAGCUUGACGCAAGGAUCUCUGAACGUGGACCAGAGGCGCCAUUAGUUUUGCGGGAAGACAGAGAUACGUAUAUUAACGUGGAUUACGGGAAGGUUCAUUUUCUAUCAGUGUCUGCAUUGGAACAAUACCCUCACAAGCCACCAUUUCAGGGCCUCUUCCAUGGUAUUUUUGUUGGACAGAAUAUGCUUCCACGGAUUAAGCCGAGCGUUUGGUCGAUGGCACGGGAUGAUGCCAUCAUACUUAUGGAGUCUAGAAAGUACUUGGUGGAGCUAAAAAAAGACGAUGUCAAGGCUUUCGGUGAUCAGAUACAGCAAACAGCUGCUACGGCCCAGUGCGAAAAGAAAUGUUCCUUUGAUCCAGAAAAAGAUGACUUUGCCAAGUUUUUGAUGAGAAGAAAAAGUGAAAGUAUUGAUAUUUCUAAUUAA